AUGGGCUGGUUCUGGGCCGAUGCCACGCCGACGGCAGCUCGUCCUUCUGCCUCGUCCUUCUCUGCGUCGUCUUCUGCCUCGGCCUGCCCUGUCAAGCUGCCGGCAUCACAUCCGCCCGUCGCGGAUAGCAAUGCAGCAACACCACCGCGCGGCUGCCCCAUGUACACGGCCACGGUCGACGCCCUGAGCGGCAACAACAUCGCCCAUCCGACCGCAAAGUCGUCGUCUUCUACCUCUGCAGCCUCGCCGCCGUCUGGCUGCCCCGUUCCUCACGCCCAGCGCGGCGGUGCCACAUCCGCCGACGAAGGCGCCUCCACCCUCUCCAAGCUCAACCCCCUCAACUACAUGUUCCGCGACCUCUCGCAAAACCGCGCCCCCAACCAGACCGUCGCUCUGCCGACCACCCGCGACGAGUCCACCAUUCCCCGCGGCGAUGGCGACGGCAACUGGGAGUACCCGUCCCCGCAGCAAAUGUACAACGCGCUCCUGCGCAAGGGCUACACCGACACGGACGCCACGGCCGUCGAGAGCAUGGUCGCGGUGCACAACUUUUUGAACGAGGGCGCCUGGGCCGAGAUUAUCGACUGGGAGCGCCGGUUCGGCCGUGGCCUGGCCCGUGGCUGGCAGAUCAGCCGGCGUGGCGAGGAGAAUGCCGAGCAGGCCACGCAGCAGCUGGAGCGCCAGGAGGGCAGCGAGUGCGCGCCGCGGCUGGUUCGCUUCCAGGGCCGCCCCGGCGAGAUGACCCCGAAGGCGGCCAUGGUGCAGUUCCUCGGCCGCGUCUACCCGUCCAAGUUUGCGACCGAGCCGCCCUUUGACCGCCACGACUGGUACGUCGCGCGCAACGUCAACGGCCAAGAGAAGCAGGUCCGCUACGUCAUCGACUACUACUCGGGAGAGCCCGAGCCGACGGGCGAGCCGGUCUUUUACCUGGACGUGCGCCCGGCCAUGACGCCCUCGGGCGCCGCCGAGCGGCUGAUCCGCUGGGGCGGCGACGUCUGGUGGCGGGCGUCUGGCGGUGUUGCGCGGGAGGGCGGCCGGUCGGAGUAG